AUGCCCGAGGAAGUCGAGAAUACUGUCGUCCCAGAAACAAUAGGUGGUGUUCUUGGUGAGAAGAGCGACGCUUACAACGAUUCCAAUGAAGUCCCGUGUCUUACAGGCGAGGAUCAAGCUGCAGAGCGUGACCUCCAUGUCACCGAUGAUGACUUGCUAGAGGCUAAAGAGCUUGCAGCAACAUACAAUCUUGAAGAAGUGCGAGAUAUCCUCAACACCUUUUAUCGUCUUCACAAAAGAGACCCUAAUUUCCCCUUGGAUGUCAUUGAGAAAAUUGAAGAUUUUCUUCAAAAUGAUGGGAUCUUUGCACAGCCUGAAAAGUACGAGCAGCAAAUCUCUGAAAUGAAGAUCCAAGCUGCUCUCAUCGUCAACAAUAGCCCUUACGCCGAAGUCAGGAGCGUUGUUUCCCCUCACGAUGACCCGACGAUGCCAUGUUCGACAAUUCGAGCUUGGGUCCUGGGGAUUCUGUUUUCUGGUGGCAUUGCAUUUAUCAACGGCUUCUUUGGCAUACGACAGCCUGCCAUUAUCGUCACGUCCAAUGUCCCCCAGUUAUUGGCGUAUCCCCUAGGAAAACUACUGGAAUGGUUACUGCCUGAUGUAGGCAUCACGCUAUUCGGGGUCCGGCACAGCUUAAACCCCGGACCUUUCAAUAAGAAGGAGCAUAUGCUCGUCACAUUGAUGGCCAGUAUUGCAAAAAGCUCACCAUACACUGACCACAUCAUCUGGAUCCAAAUUCUCCCGCAAUUCUUCAAUCAGCCUUGGGCCAUCAAUUAUGGCUACCGAAUUCUUAUUGCCCUGUCGAGUAACUUCAUCGGCUACAGUCUUGCUGGAAUCUGCCGAAGGUUUCUGGUGUAUCCAUCAUAUUGUGUAUGGCCGCAGGCUCUUGUUACCAUUGCCCUGAAUAGUGCUUUCCACGACGAGGGAAAUUCCGCCGUUCUAGGUCCAUUCGGCAAAAUAUGGCGAAUGUCGAGAUUCAAAUUCUUCCUCUAUGCAUUCAUAUUCAUGUUCAUCUACUUUUGGUUCCCCAACUACAUCUUCGGAGCUCUUAGCCUUUUCAGCUGGAUGACUUGGAUCGCCCCGAAUAAUGCCAGAUUGAAUCACAUCACGGGUGCGGUCAACGGCCUCGGCAUCAACCCCGUGACUACCUUUGACUGGAAUGUCAUGACGUCUAAUAUCGAUCCUCUUAUGGUACCGUUCUUCAGUACUUUCAAUCUUUUCAUGGGCAUGUUUUUAUCCAUGUUUAUCAUUAUCGCAAUGUAUUACACAAACACGUACAACACUGCUUAUCUACCAAUCAACUCGAACCAGCCAUACGAUCACUUUGGUAAGCGAUAUAACGUUACUUCCAUCCUCGAUGAGCGUGGUAUAAUCGACACCGAGAAGUAUCAAGCGUAUUCACCGCCAUACCUGUCUGCUAGCAACAUCACAAUUUACAUGUUCUACUUUAGCACCUAUACCGCCGCUUUAGUCUACGGCUUCCUCUACCACCGAAUGGAGAUUAUGAUAGGGCUCAAAGACAUUUUUAACAGCUUCCGCCCUUCUAAAAAGGGUAAAGUUGAAAAGUCACAGGUCCUUGAUGUUCAUAACCGUCUGAUGAAGAAGUACCGGGAAGUUCCAGAGUGGUGGUACAUGAUUGUGCUUGUUAUAUCCUGUGCUCUUGGCUGUGCGGCAAUUGCUCACUGGCCAACCCAUACGAGCCCUGUUGUUGUAUUCUACGGCAUCGCUCUAUGUCUAGUGUUCAUGGUCCCUACCGGAAUUAUUUACGCCAUGACUGGCGUUGAGAUAACGUUGAAUGUUCUGGCCGAGUUGAUUGGUGGAUCGUUUGUGCAAGGCAAUGCCCUUGCCAUGUGUUUCUUCAAGACAUACGGCUACGUUACCUGUUCUCACGCUUUAUCCUUUAGCAACGACCUCAAGAUUGCCCAUUACGUCAAAAUACCGCCUCGAUUCACCUUCUUUGCACAGAUGGUGCCGACACUGGUCUCGACAUUUGUCUGCGUCGGCAUAGUCUCGUACCAAGUCCACCUGAAGGACAUCUGUACCGACCAGGCACCGUUCAAACUCACAUGCCCCUUUGAAAACUCAUUCUUCACUGCUGCCGUUCUCUGGGGUACUGUCGGCCCCAAAAGACUCUGGGGCGUGGGCGGCCAAUACUCGGAGACACUCAUUGGAUUCCCGCUUGGUAUCGCCGUGGUGGUAAUAUUCUGGCUCUUGGGCAAGUAUUUCCCCAGAAACCGCGUGAUUCGCGCGACACAUCCCGUCGCUCUUUUGAAUGGAGCCCUUUACUGGGCGCCAUACAAUCUUUGCUAUACUUGGCCGGCUGUGCCCGUUGCGUAUAUCUCCUGGAUCUAUGUCAAGAAGCGAUUCUUGGCUCUGUGGUCCAAGUACAACUUUGUUCUAUCUGCCGCCUUCUCUGCCGGCGUCGCCAUCUCGGCCACCAUCCAAUUCUUCUCACUCACGUACCAGGGCAUCACGCUCGACUGGUGGGGAAAUAGUGCGGUAUACAUGGGGUGCGAAGGCACAGCCUGCCCUCUUAAAAAGCUGCCUGAGGGACAGUUUUUUGGACCUGCACCUGGCCAUUACAACUGA